GAAACAUGGCUGGGUCUUCUGCGCUAUGGCCAAGUCAGCCAGGCUAUACAUAGGAUAUAUGUAUUGUAUAGGAUAUAUAUAGGAUAUAUUUAUAGGAUAUGUGGCUGUGUGCUUUUUAAAAAUCAGAUGAAUGUGUGAUGAGACGCAUAAGGUGUACCGACAGAAGCUGGAUGAGCUCACGAGUCUCCAGGCGAUAUGCAGCAGUGCCAUUAGCAAGCAGAGGAAAGGCCUUAAGGACCUCAAGCACAGUUUGCACAAAUGCGCUUUGACAUCCGAUGAGAAACAAUCUGAACAACUAAAGGACAUAGAAGGCCAAAUCAAAGAGAAACAACAUGUCUUCUUUGAUAUGGAAGCAUAUUUGCCAAAGAAGAAUGGAUUGUACUUAAAUUUGGUCUUGGGAAAUGUGAAUGUAACUCUUCUCAGCAAUCAGGCUAAGUUUGCCUAUAAAGAUGAAUAUGAGAAGUUCAAACUUUACCUGACAAUUAUUCUGAUGUUUGGUGCCAUGGCCUGUCUCUUCUUUUUCAACUACCGUGUCACAGAUGAAAUCUUCAAUUUUUUACUCGUUUGGUACUAUUGCACACUGACGAUAAGGGAGAGUAUUCUGAUCAGUAAUGGGUCACGAAUCAAAGGAUGGUGGGUUUUACAUCAUUAUGUCUCUACCUUCCUGUCGGGGGUCAUGUUGACCUGGCCAGAGGGAUCAAUGUAUCAGAUGUUCAGAAGUCAGUUCCUGGCUUUCUCCAUCUAUCAGAGUUUUUUACAGUUUCUUCAGUACUACUACCAGAGUGGCUGUCUGUAUCGGCUGCGGGCUUUAGGGGAGAGAAACCAGCUGGACCUGACCGUCGAGGGCUUCCAGUCGUGGAUGUGGAGAGGGCUCACCUUCCUGCUCCCCUUCCUCUUCUUUGGCCAUUUCUGGCAGUUGUACAACGCAAUUACCCUAUUUACCCUGGCCAGCCAUGAGGACUGCAAGGAGUGGCAGGUGUUCAUGCUAGGGCUGACAUUCCUGGUGCUGUUCCUGGGGAACUUUCUCACAACGCUCAAAGUGGUCCAUCAGAAGAUCCAGAAAAACAAAGAGAAACCGCAGAAGACCGAAUGAGCCGGAUCAGGACGUUUGAGGGG